UGUAGGUGACGGUCUGAGACAGCACCGCCAAGCUGGGAACCGGGGAAAUGGCAGAGGCUGAACCCAAGACCGUGCAGGAUCUCACCUCGGGGGUGCAGACACUCCUGCAACAGAUGCAAGAUAAAUUUCAGACCAUGUUUGACCAGAUCAUUGGAAGAAUUGAUGACAUGAGCAGUCGCAUUGAUGGCCUGGAGAAAAACAUCGCAGACCUCAUGACACAGGCCGGGGUGGAAGAGCUGGACGGGGAAAGCAAGAUCCCUGCCACACAGAAGAGUUGAAGGUUGCUCAUCUGCACUGGAAUCUGGAACACCCUUUUUACAAGCCAAGAGAAGCCAGAUGGCUUUUUGCAACUAACUACUCUGUGUAGACAGGUUUUAUAUUAUAAUAAAGUGUG